AGGGUAGCUCGCCGACCCUGACGUUUUCGGGGAAGCGGGCUUUGGCCACAGGAAGAUGGAGGUAUGUCUUCUGAACGCUGAGAAUGUUCCAGAUGGGUGCCUCCUAUCGAUUAGCGCUGGUGGGUCGCGGCGCCAGGCGCCGCUCUCCAUUAAGCAGAAGUUUGCCUUCAGCAAUUCUUCUACAGCAGCUGCUGUGGCAGCAGGUGGUAGUGGCUUGAAGGUGGACCUGCUGGCAUUGAAGGGCAGUGCAUGUGUUGGCAGUUCAGAGCUGCUGCCUGCCAUGCAAAAGGCCUUUGGUGCAGGCACCAAUGCAGAAGGCAUUGGGCAUGAGAUCGAGGUCGUGCUUCCACCAGGAGACGAGGAAUUGAACAUGAAGUUGAAUUUUAACAUUAAGCCCGCAAAGAAGGAUGACAAAGACUCGCUGGACACGUCGCGUCUGCCAUCAGGCAUGACGACGGUGCGCAGCAGCAACGAACCAGAGGUUCCCAGCGCCAUGCUCCAGACCACAGAUUUGCUGAAGCAAUCUGCCUUGCUGGACCGUACAGCACUCCCUGCGGCGCCAAAGGCACAGAGCGGUCAACGCUCCUCGCGGCGACACCACGCCGCGCUGCAGGCGCGAUCCUACCUAGAGGAACACAACAUCCUGCCUUUUGUGGAGAAACUUCUCAAGACAUUGGUGCAGGAGCGGCCAGCAGAUCCAUGGGGUGCCAUUGCAGCUCUUCUGCCUGAGGCAGCAAGCUUUGAUACUUUGAAAAAAGGUGGUCCCCUGGAUAAGGUCGACGAGGAACAACCCGAAGUCCCAGAGAGAGACUGGAACAUGAUGCCAUCGGUGGGAACAUGGUAUAUGAUUCCAAAACCUCUCGUGCUACCGCCGAAGGCUCCUCCAACAGAGGCUGAGCUGGCCAGGGAGGCUGAGUUGGCUAAGGAGGCCGAAGUGGCGAAGCAGGCUGAGCUGGCGAAAAAGGCCAAGCAGGCAGAACUAGAGAAAUCCGUGGCAGAUCACAUUGUGAGCGGCCUGGUUACGGCUGGCAUGAUGCCGCGAGCGACUCAAUCUGGAGGAACAUCGCCUAUGUCAACUCACUCACCCGGCCGAGAGGAGGUCAAGGCCAAGGAAUCAGCUGAAGAUGAGCGAAUGCAGCAGGCGAUGUCCCCGUCCUUUUCCAACCAGCAGGUGCUUGCUGCGAUUGCAGAAGUAUCCUUCGACGACAUCGACCUGAACAAAGAUGGUGUUAUCACGCCGGAGGAGUUUGCCGCAUUUGUUGCGAAAGUUCGAGCAAGUCUUGGUGUUGAAGCACCUCCCCAGGAAUCCUCUCCGCCAGCGCCACCUGCUCCUCCUGCGGAGUUUCCUUUGCUUCCUUCCGUGGGAACAUGGUACAUGGCAAAGCCAUUGCGACCGGAGGUUCAAGCGGCCAUUGCUUCAACCUUUGCAGAUGCCGAUGCCAACAAAGAUGGCGUCAUCUCAAAGGAGGAGUUCAAGGAUUUUGUGGAGAAGGCCACUGCGCUUCAGCCUGCAGAGGCACCAAAGUCUAAGUGGCAGCUGCUUCCAUCGGUGGGAACCUGGCUGGCCACAAAUUUGGACGCAGAGGCAGAUGAGUCAAAGCACAAAGAGGGCACAGUUGAAAAGCAGGUACAUGCAGCAAUUGCUGCGGCUUCCUUCGAAGACCUGGACACCAACAAAGAUGGUGUGAUCACUCGCGAGGAGUUCCAUGACUUUGUUCAGAAGGCCACAGCAUCUGCAGUGGAGGACACUAUCACUCCACGGGAGCAGGUGCAGCAUGAGCAGGUCAUUGUUGGACGAUUGGUCGAUCACUUCGUGGCUGCCAACAUGCCAAGGGGCACACUAUCAGGAGGAACCUCUCCGAUGGCUAGCUCACCUGGUACAGAGGUUGGCGUCAAGCAGAUCAGCCCACGAACCAUGUACAAGAGAAGGGUUGAAUGGGAAGAGAAGAUGGAGCAGGUCCGAUUGAAGAACUGGAUUGACACUCGGCUCAUCCCAAGCCUUCAAGAGGCGGUGAAAGAGGAGAGUGUCGCUACGCUCUGUGAAAGCCGUGGAAGUUCCCGCAGUGAGACUCCAAAGGCUGCCGAAAUGCGUCUUUGGAUCCAAAAGCAGCUGCAAAGCAAUUACGAGGCCGUGAGAGAAGGCAGCGUAGCAGUGGUCAGCAACACUGACUCGAGAUCUGGGACUCCGCCUGCCAAAGUUGAUGCUUGGCUCAAGGAGCAGCUGGACAUGCUCGAAAGCAGUUUGGACCAGGCUGCCAAGGAAGAAAGUGUGGCCACUCUGUGCAGCGCUGGAUCCAGGACUGACACCCCGGAUGUCAAGAUCGACAGCUGGCUGAAGAGUCAGCUUGAGACAAACCUCGAAUCUGCUGUGAGAGAAGGUAGUGUUGCCACAUUGGACGUGGAAAGUGUAGCUGCAGUACCACUGGUGCAACUGCCUUAUGUUGACUUCCGCAAGAAGGAGCCAGCAGGCUCCGCAGGUCCAGUUGUGGAGGGGCCUGCCAUCGCAGAGCUGGAUUUUGCGUUCGAGGACAUGGACUACGACACCGUGAUCUCAUCAGCAGAAACCACCAUUGGUAUGGUGGAAGCAAUCCGAAGAAGCCUGGCAGAACAGGCAGGCAUUCAGCCAGAUCAGAUCCGGGUGACAUUGGCACCUGGGAGUGUGAAAGUGAAGAUAUCGAUUGCAUGCGGCGACGUGGGGUCUGCGACAGUGGUGUUGCAACGGGCCACUCAAGGCGAUGGAGAUCCACUGAUCAGUCGCAUUGGUCAGCACGUGGCCAAGGUCCCAGGAGCCAGACAAGCGCAAAAAUCCGGUGGCGAUUUGGUCAUUGGCAAUAUCCGUGUCAAGGCAUGA